CAAGCACUUCCUUUACUUGUUUUGCUUUCGAUCUGGACACUGAAAUAGGCUAAAUUAACUUUUUACAGAAACUCAAACUACACGAGAAUAUUGUGCAACUGACAAGAGGACUGUCGAUUAAUCAAGCUGAAUAGAACACUUUAUCACAGGCGACCAUGCCCGUGGAAAGGAUGCGAAUGCGGCCAUGGCUGGUGGAACAGAUAAACUCUUCCCUAAUCCCUGGCCUGAUAUGGAUUAAUAGAGAGAAGAGGAUCUUCCAGAUUCCAUGGAUGCAUGCUGCAAGGCAUGGCUGGGAUUUGGAGAAAGAUGCUCCUUUAUUUAUGAACUGGGCCAUUCAUACAGGAAAAUACCAACUAGGGAUCGACAAACCAGACCCGAAAACAUGGAAGGCCAAUUUCCGCUGUGCUAUGAACUCUCUGCCUGAUAUCGAGGAGGUGAAAGACAAGAGCAUCAAGAAGGGGACCAACGCUUUCAGAGUAUACAAGAUGCUGUCUGCUUCAGAGCGCCAGACCAAGAAAGGAAAGAAGAGGACUGAGAAAGGAGGAAAGAACAAGCAGCAGGUGGAGCCCGGUUUCCCAGCCAUGGAGAGCAUGAAUGGGUCUGUUGGAGACCAUCAUGGGCCGGUGGUGAAGGUGGAGGUGAAGGAGGAGGUGAAAGACGAGUACUUUACAGACUGCACAGAAUAUCUUCAUCAGAGCAGUCACAGUCCUGGGUACGACCAGCUGAUCGUCGACGACCUGCCUUGUGUCUGCCAGACCAUCGAGGUGACCACGGAGAAUGAGGAGCAGUCAGUCAGCUCCAGCCACCCGUACCCACUCCAGAUCUCCCCUGUGUCCUCGUAUGGAGAGAGUGACCCAGACAGUGUGCACAGUGAAGAGGACUCCAAGGAGGUCUACCUCUACCACUACCUCUACCACUACCUCUACCACUACCUCUACCUGUACCUCCACCUGUACCACUACCACUAACUCUACCACUACCUCUAGCUUAUAUUGUCAGUUCCUGUUCUAGAGUGCUCUGAUGUAAAGAAAGACAAAACAACAGAAGGCAGCUGCUGGUGAAUACUGGAUUCACUUGUUUCCCAUGGCUAAUGAUUCACCCUAAUUUAAUAUCUUGAAUUGUCCUCAAAUUAAGCCCAAUCACAAAUCAAACGCGUACAGUGUGUUUGAUUUGUGAUUGGUAAGUAUUUGUGAUUGGAAAGUAAUUCAUACCCUUUGACCUGUUCCACAUUUUGUUGUUAGCCUGAAUAAAAAUGUAUUAAAUAAUAUUUUUUUCCCUCACCCAUUGACACCCAUAAUGUCAAAGUGAAAAGAUGAUUUGUGUUUUUUUGCCGAAAUUAAAUACAGAAAUAUCUCUUCAUACCCCUGAGUCAAUAAUUUGUAGAAGCACCUUUGGCAGCGAUUACAGCUGUGAGUCUUUCUGGGUAAGUUUCUAAAAGCUUUCCACACCUGGAUUGUGCAACAUUUGCCAAGUUUCUUUCUUUAAAAAAGUUCUGUCAAAUUGGUUGUUGUUAAUUGCUAAACCAUUUUCAGGGCUUGCCAUAGAUUUUCAAGCAGAUUUAAGUCCAAACUGUGUCUCGGCCAUUCCUUGGUAAGCAACUCCAUUGUAGGUUUGGCCUUUUGUUUUAGGUUAUUGUCCUACUGGAAGGAGAAUUCAUCUCCUAGUGUCUGGUGGAAAGCAGACUACCAGGUUUUCCACUAGGAUUUUGCCUGUGCUUAGCUCCAUUCCAUUUAUUUUUUAUCCUGAAAAACUCUCCAGUCCUUAACAAUUACAAGCAUACUCAUAAAGCAGCAACAACGCUUGAAAAUAUGGAGAGUUGUUUUUGCAGUAUUACUUUAGUGCGUUGCAAACAGGAUGCACAUUUUGAAAUAUUUUAUUCUGUAAAGGCUUCCUCUUCACUCUCAAUUAGGUUAGUAUUGUGGCGUAACUACAAUAAUGUUGAUCCAUCCUCAGAGUUUAAUGGCUAUGAUAGGAGAAAAACGAACUGUUUUAAAGUCACUUUUGGCCUCAUGGUGAAAUCCCUGAAUUUCCUUCCUCUCCGGCAACUGAGUUAGGAAGAACAUCUGUAUCUUUGUAGCGACUGGGUGUAUUUAUACACCAUCCAAAGUGUAAUUAAUAACUAAACCAUGCUCAAAAGGAUAUUCAAUGUCUACCAAUAGGUGCCUUGAAGGCAUUGGAAAACAUCCCUAGUUUGUGGAUGAAUCUGUUUGAAAUUCACUGCUCGACGAGGGGACCUUACAGAUAUGUGGAUGUGUGGGGUACAGAGAUGAGGUAGUCAUUAAAAAAUCGUGUUAAUCUCUAUUAUUGCGCACUGAGUUAGUCCAUGCAACUUAUUAUGUGACUUGUUAAGCAAAUCUUUACUCCUGAACUUAUUUAGGCUUCCCAUAAAGGGGUUGAAUACUUGUUGACUCAAGACAUUUCAGCUUUUAAUUGUUAAUUCAUUUGUUAAACUUUAAAAAAAAAAACAUCAUUCCGCUUUGAUAUUAUGGGGUAUUGUGUGUCGGCCAGUGACACAAAAAAAUCUCAAUUUAAUCCAUUUUAAAUUUGGGCUGAAAAUGUAAAUAAUUUCUGAAGGCGCUGUACAUACCGUUACAAAACAAGGACAAUAGCAAGUCAAGCACAUGCAUAGUGUUACAGAAUGCAUUAUUUAUUUCUUAAAUGUUGCCUUUGUAUUGUUUGAAUACAUAUUGACAUGUCCACUGGAGGAACAGAGAACUAGUAUAACACCAGGCUGUUUUCUGUGCCCAAUGAAGCCCUUGGUGGAGAGUGGGGAGAUGAGGUCCCUUUUAGUAUGAGGUUCCUUAGUAUAGAUGAAUCAUGCAGAGCUCAACAGCAGGAGGACAAGCAUUUUAGAAAGUAUUAAGAACAAGUUUGACAGUGCUCAUAAACAUGACAAUAUAUGUGAAUGUCUAUGUGUUUCAGCCAUGUUUUGCUAUACUUGCUAUGUCAAUGAAAUUCCCACUUCUAAUGCUUUAAAUGAUUUAUGAAGAUUCCGCAAACAGAAAUAUGCUAGUAACCAACUCUAUAUUCAUGUAUAUCCUGAAAUGAGUGUUUGAAUGGUUAUGGCAUUGGCUGAGUUAAACCCACCUUCUGUGUGACUUGCAGGAUCUUCGUGGUGGGCUGUGGGAAUCAAGUUUCACUUCCUCUGUGCUGAGAGUGCCCUCGUGCUCAUUACCCAGCAUGGCCACCUUUGUCACUGGUGGAAAGGUAACCAACUUCAAAGUGACCAGCACCAGGGACCCCAUGCCC